AUGGCAAUCAAAAAACAUAAGCCAGUAGUUGAUGCAGUAAUUCGUCUUCAACAAAAUAAGCAUCAGACAUCGAAGACAACAAACAUCACGACGAUGUUCACUCUGCAGCACCAAGAAAAAUCCUGGGUUCUGCCCUUAGAUCUCAAAGCAGAAAUUGAGUGUGGUACUUAUAGGUUAGUUCAUUUUAAGGUCAUCUUCCAGCUCGAUGACUCUUCAUUCAUAGACCAGCGCUCCUUAGAACCACAUUCCCACUAUACUCCCGUCCACCCUUUUCUCACGAAAGAUAUAAAAUGGCUUAAACAUCUACCAAAAGGACAGGACUUAGAAAUCUUUUCUGAUGGCUCUAAAGUCUCAGAGCAAGUAGGUACAGCCUAUGUCGCUUUCUACAACAAUACAGAAAUUCACUUAGCACGGUUCAGACUUAGUGACCACGUCUCGGUUUUCCAGGCUGAUUCCUUCGCUUUAAAGAAGGCAGCUCUCUGGGCAGGCAACUUCAUUUUUCCAUCCAUCAGCUUCUACACGGACAGCAUGAGCGUCCUACAGGCACUGAACAAGAACGGCUCACAGGCCUUCCACAUCUCUUCAUUAAAAGAAGUGCUUAUUAUCCUGUCUUCUUCCAGGCAAGUAUCUCUAUACUGCGUACGUAGUCAUCAAGGUACCCAAGGCAACGAAAGGGCCGACGCUUUAGCUAAAGAAGCCACAAGUCACCCCUUCAUCGGCUCAGAGAUACCACUUUCCAUAGUCGCUGCCAAACACAAGAUCUUCUGCGCCUUCAUGUCCAUCUGGCAAGCUCGCUGGGACGAUUUAGAAACACCGGUCGACACACCUACUCCAUCUUUUCCGUGGUUUCCACCAAAAGGCUGA